AUGUGUACAUCAACUGAAUUAUUGUUUCUCGUCACUUUGGUUCUGGCGGUAGCCCCAAUAAGUGCUCACCGGUAUCAUCAAUUUAGACCAGGAAGUGGGCCGAUGAUCAUUUCAAAGCUUCCAAACAUAAUUUACCCAAGUACAUCCAGCGUCUUGUUGCCAGGACAGCAGCUCUUCCCAAAUACGUACACGUCACAGUUUCCUACAAUUCCACAGAUUCCCGCCAUUUCGUCCCAGCAGCAAACUGUACGACCAAUGACAGGAGAGUUCUGGCAGACACAGCCUAAUGCGGUACAGCGCGUUCCUGCUUCAGUGUCCCGAUGCCGUACAAGCCGUGGCUGUGCCUCUGGUGAAGAGUGUGUUUUCGCUGACAAUUGGCAGUGUCCAGACUGGAUCCCCAACCUUAAAUGCCAGUGUCGACAAGGUUGUCGUCAUCAGAACACUUUCAUACCGUUUGGAAAGACAGUUAUUGUGGACAAAUGUGGUAACAAAUGUUCCUGUUUUAAUGUAUAUGGCGCCCCGGAGUGUUCCUUUGAGAGCUGCUGA